AUGGGUCGGUUGCAAAAGAUUCUCAUUCCCUUUUUGGGAUUGGUUUUGGCCUUCUGGUUUUAUUCUGCGAGGGAGAAUUUCAAACCGGAGAUGCUGAAAGGGAAGCGGGUGAUUGUCACAGGAGCAAGCACUGGAAUUGGAGAGCAGAUGGCAUAUCACCUGGCACGGAUGGGAUCCCACAUUUUGAUCACAGCACGGACAGAGGCCAAGCUACAGAAAGUAAAUGGCAAGCUGAGCACUCACACAUGCACAUUCAUGGCAUGCACACACAAACAUAUGAAGGCCAAUCUCACAUCACAGGUGGUGGAGCGGUGCCUGGAGCUGGGGGCAGCCUCCGCGCAGUACGUCAGCGGCACCAUGGAGGACAUGGCCUUCGCCGAGCACGUGGUGAAGGAGGCAGAGACCUCGCUGGGAGGCCUAGACAUGCUGAUUCUUAAUCAUAUCGGCACAUCGUACUUUGGUUAUUUCAACGGGGACGUUGGGCACGUACGAAAGCUCCUGGAGAUCAACUUCCUCAGCUAUGUGGCGAUGACCACGUCUGCCCUGCCCAUGCUGAAGGAGAGCGAGGGCAGCAUCGUAGUGGUUUCAUCCAUGGCAGGUAAAGUCGGGUUUCCCUUUACGGUCCCCUACUCUGCAACUAAGUUUGCCUUGGACGGAUUUUUCAGCUCCCUGAGGCAGGAAUUCAGCAUUCAGAGCAUUAACGUUUCCAUCACGCUCUGCAUCCUUGGCUUCAUCGAUACUGAGAGCGCGGUGCGCGCCGCCGCCGACCUGCUGCUGGUGUCCCCGGCGCCGCGGGAGGAGUGCGCGCUGGAGAUCCUCAAGGGAGCGGCGCUCCGCCGGCGGGAGCUCUACUACCGGUACGGCUCCACCAGGAUCCCGCUCCUGCUGCGGGACUGGGCCGCCGACCUCCUCGACUACCUGGUCAGGAGCCGCUACCGGCUGGACAGCUUGAAGAGGAACUAG